AGUUAUUGUGUAGGGCGGGGAGAGAGGGCUGAAAACUCGGCUCGUCGUAACUGCAUCGCGAAUUCAAAAUAAUUUUUUAAAGGGACUUUUAUGCAACCCUAAAUUGUAAAUCUCCGAUCCCUUUAUGCACAGAUUAUUCUUUUCCCCAUAAUUUCUUAGGGCUAUGCCUAUUCCCAUCAAGAUCAACCGCCGAAUCAUCGUCGUCGUCGGACACUCGUCGAGUGACAGCCAUUGUAAUCGACAUGGGGUUCUGAAGCCCGCAAUCGAAAAUCAAUUGGUUUGGUUUAGUUUAGGGUGCCUAAAUCCACGUCAAGAACACUUGAUGAACAAGGGUGGGCUGGUGGCUGCAUUGACGAUG